GCAUGCUUCAAUCGGACAACACAUUGAUGACAUUAAUUUCAAGUUGGAUAAUCGCCACAGUUCUAAGUGAGAAUCAAGAAUUUGAGACAAAAUGAAGAAAUCGUCGAUUAUCGUUUUAUUCGUCGUUGUUUUCAAGACCACCACUUCAGCUGGUGUAUCAUCGUUCGUGAAUCGAACUGAAUUCUCCAGUAAAAAUAAUAUUCUGCAACCUCGUGAUAUAUUCUCAGAUACGAUUGCACCAGCUGUAAAAAAUACAUUCGAUUACGUGUGGGGUUUUUUGUCUACUGUGGUGAAUUUUAUUACAGCGGCCAUAUGGAAUACUAUUCCGUUUCAGCCAAGUACCAGCACAAAUGUUAAUGCAGGAGAUAUCCCAGUUCUGGAUUUUCAAAAAACCGUAAUCAUAGAAGGCAGUAAUGGUAACAUAACCAUUAAUCAGAAAAUCGUAUACUCUAAUGAUGAGGCUUUGAAGAAUGGAAAUGUUCGCAUACAAAUUAUUGAAGGGAAUUUCUACGUGAACGGAAAUUUAGUAGCGAAAAAAGAUACAGAACCAGUUGUACCGGGUGUUUAUUCGACGCACGACUUCAAGUAUUCUGGGGUGAGCAGUUUUACAUUGAAAUUAGAACCUGAUGGGUUUAUGGAUUAUGUCGACGAUAAAGGGUCCAAGGAGCAUGUAAAUUAUAUCACUCGAAUUACUUCCUCCUAAAGAUUUUCAUCAUUUUUAUUAAUCUAUAAGCGCAGAAAAAUUUGCUGCACCAUUUUAAAAUAGAACGAACAAGCUUCAUGCUGAUAGGUAGGUAUAUUUAAGGAAAUUUAAAUACUAAGUAUGUAUCUACAACUAAAAAUUACGUAGGUACGACUUUCAUUACGUAGGUAUCAAAAUUUUUGUUACCAUUAUUAUCAAUAAAUUGAA